AUGGUAGAGAAACACUCUCGGCCGGCUCUCCAGGAGCCUUGUCGAAAGAGACUGGAGGGUCAGGAGGCUUCUCCUCCCUCACUUCCUGUAGAGUUAUAUUUUACUUCCAUCUUAAGCUCUAUCAUGAGCAACGAUAUAACCUUUAUUCACGCAGAGACAGGUUCUGGAAAAUCCACUCGGAUUCCUCAACUCCUCAGUACUCAUCUGGCCGAUAUUGUCAAAGUUCGAGGCAAUCUAAGCAACUCGCCCCAAUCAUUGGUCGUUGUGGUCCAGCCCCGCCGCAUUGCCGCCGUAUCCUUAGCGCGGUACGUUGCUGCUAUGAUGGGUGAGAACCUGGGACACACUGUAGGAUACGAGGUUCGACUCAGUCAGUGUCGGUCCCGGUACACUCGCAUCUUGUACGUCACAGAAGGGAUUCUACUCAAUUGGGUGCGUCCAGGAGGUGCCUUCCUGUCCUCUAUAGGGGUGUUGAUACUUGACGAGGUCCAUGAGCGAUCAGUGUCUCUAGAUCUUAUAUGUGGGUUGUUUGCAACACGCCCCAGUCUUUUUCAGCGCACAAAGCUUGUUCUCAUGUCUGCCACUGCAUGCUAUAAGACUUUUCGUCGUUUCUUCGGAGGCCAGUCCAUGCUGCGCGUACACAUCCCAGGCAGAUUACAUCAAAUACGCGUCAAUUACAUUGAUAGCCUUAACAGUACCCUAUUGGCCCCUGACCAAUUCAGUGUUUUGGCUCGGCUUGUCAGGCACUUGCAUGAGACCGAGCCGUUAACUGCUGGGGUACUUGUCUUCCUUCCUGGGCAAGCAGAAAUCAACAAAGCUUUUAAGCUGAUCACCAAAGAAUUGGAGGACCCACGAUUGUCUAUGGACCAAGGAUCUGUUGGCAGAGGCAGGGAAUCGGUGGCCUUAUUCAAGUUGCACUCAUUUCUUCCACUGACAGAGCAAAAUAGUUGUUUACACUUUAAAACCAAUCUGCAAAAGCCUGUAGAUUGCAAAAGGAAAAUUGUCCUGGCAACAAACAUAGCGGAAACAUCGCUUACGAUUCCGGGAAUACGCAUUGUCAUUGAUUUGGGGCUAUCUCGCGUCUCCCGCUACUACCCAGCACUACACAUGACGGCCUUGGAAACGUGCUUGUGCUCCCGUGAACAGGCUGAUCAGCGAAAGGGCAGAGCGGGCCGUGAGGGGCCAGGUCAAUGCUAUAGGCUAUACACAAGGAAUAUGUACCUUCAAAUGCCUGCAGCGACUGAGGCAGAAAUCUGCCGGGCUCGCAGUGAAAGCCUUUUACUGUGGUUGACUGCCAAUGGAUUUAAGCUCCGAACCUUUCCAUUUCUUUCGCCACCUUCUCUAUGCAACCUCGCGGCAGCCUAUGAUGAGCUCUAUGCCCUCUCUAUAGUCGAUGCCAAUGGUAAUCUGACAGAAGCUGGUGCUCUGACGUUUGAGUUUUCGGUCAUGUUUCAACACGGUCGCAUGCUGGCAGAAGUCAUUUUAGAUGCCAGGCACAAUAAUGCAUUGGCACUGAGUGUAUACAAGGAGUUGAUUGUCAUCAUCUCGUGCAUUGAGACCUUCAUUAACACAGACAUUUCUAUCCAGUGGAGCGCUAGUGAAAAAGCGAUUGUACAGCCUCUUCGAAGUGACCACCUAGCAUUUCUAGUCCUCUACAAUUCCUAUCUAAAAGCAGAAUACAAGGCAGACUGGUGUCAUGUACAUGGCGUUCCCCACCACCUCAUGCAGUACUGCAGCGAUCUGGUGGAGCAGCUGUCUAGAGCUCUUCUUGCUCGGUGCCCAGAAUUAGGUAGUUGCCCACCCCCACAGGAUACUAGCUUGGUUGCUUUGGAGCUCAAACGGUAUCUAAGACUUGGGUACGGCAUUCAUCGAGCGCGUCUCAAUCAAUAUGGAUCAUACUCCAUCGUUCAUAGCUCUCACUCUGUUAGCGAACAGCCGAACCAGUUAGUACUCAGUCCAAAGAGCUUGCUGGCAUACUCAUUUCCCAAUGAAAUCAUAUUUACAAUUGCUGUUAAAGCAGCAAACAUAACGUUAUAUAUUGCUACAGAAUUAAGCGAUAUAUAA